AUGCACUUCCCAUCACUAACAGUCCUCAUCACUGCGCUGGCCGCAGUCGCAGCAGCAGCCCCGAACCCCAACCCCAAAGCCCCGUCCGCCCCCAACGGCGCAAACAACGACCCAGACCAAGAUAUGCGCUCUGACGCCUUCCGCCAACACUCGAUUACCGUCUUCCUGCAGAGCGAACCGUACCUCGUCAUCGAGUCGACGAUAGGGAUCCAGCUUGAGUGCAAGGCGCUGAACAAGAAACAGUUCCCGAAUGGUGUGCUUGGGAUCCAGGUGCCGGAGGGGUAUCAUUGUCGGUUUUGGAAGUCAACUGAAUGUAACGGAGGUGGAACGGCGAAUAUCCGGGCCCCAGGCGAGGCAAUUGAGCCGGAGCUGGUGAAGGAGCUGAAUUCGUUUAAGUGUUAUGAGAGUGAGGGGGGUGAAUAG